AUGGAGGGCUCCAAAGUUAAUGCAUUUGUACGGGUGUCCGGCCCACCAAACCGCAAUUACCUGGUCGGAUAUCCCGGAAUUUCAGCUACUCUGCCGCGAAUAGAGGGUAAAGUAGAAAUUAGGCCAGGAGCUGGAUACAGCGCACCCGUCGGAAUCUCAUACGUUGCCAUUGGUCUCUACCGGAAGGAAACAAUACACCCACAUGCCGACAGUAUAAUCAGUAAUCACCUCGCAGCGCCACGGAAAGAAAUCAAAGAUCUUGUAGGAAAGGAGAUUCGAUUAUUCCAAUGCUCGGCAGGAAAGGCCUAUGACAGUGUGCUGGCGAUGGACCUACCAUUUGUUUUAUUCAUACCAUUCUCGAAAGCUGGAAACGAGGAUAUAAUCAAGGUGCCACCAGCAAGUUUACAGUUACCUUCGCGUGUAGCAGAAACAUAUUAUGAGUUGGUAGUGUCGGUGCAGCAGGGCUCGGCGGAUCUCAAGAAGCAUUCGUUUCCUGUGCCCCUGAGUAGAUAUGACACAUUAUCGUCCUUCGGGAUGUACAACAGGCCGGAGACGCAAGAACGAGUUUCGGAUCAUUUAGUAACGCUGAGUAUGUGUUUGCAACGAUGGUCCUUUGGUCCUAAUGAUCCUGUUGAAGUCCGGGUACGGCUCACUCCCAACCCGGAUUGGAUGUCGAAGGCAAAGAAGGUUUCAAUACAAAGGUUAGUGGUAGUCAUUGAGGAGCAGAUUACAUAUAAUCCCGAGGGGGAUGAGCCUACAACGAAGGUCAACAAACUCAUAACAAAGAAAGAGCUGGUCGGACAAAAGCUACCACCGGAUGGAUAUCAAAGCGAUAUAACAAUACGAUUCCCGGCUAAAGAGCUCAGGGAUAGCGAUGGAUUUUUACCACCCCCAAAACCUGCAUUCCCAAUGCAUCCAAUUGUUGGAUUCACCACAACGGCAACGUUAUAUAAGAUAGAUUACUUUUUAUCUGUCAAGGCGCAUAUGUCGAGUUGCAGAGACAUCACACUCCGCCAGAGGAUCAUCGUUUCACCAUUCGACCACCAAACCUGCCUUGACGAACUGCCCUCAAUCAUGCAGGCGGCACAGGACGCAACGGGCAUCAACGGAGCAGGACCGAUGCUUCCCGCUCCAACAAUAGUACGACCAGGUGAUCUAAAUGCGCUGCACUGGCUAGGGAUGACGAUGGUUGGCAACGAGAGGAAGUUGCUGAUCCAUUGA